AUGAAUGAAGAUAGUAAAGUACCAUUAAUCUUAGGAAGACCUUUUCUUCAUACGACUGAUGCCAUCAUUCGUGUAAAAGAUAAAGAAUUAACCUUAGGAGUUGGUGAUCAAAGAAUGGCCUUUACUAUAGAUAAAGCAAUGAAACAUCCAUACUCAACUGAUGAUACUUGUUUUAGUAUUGAUAUUAUUGAUGAGGAUGUAGAUGAGUAUUUGCAGGAAUUGCUAGACAUAGCUGACAAUAUCUGGGGAACAUUUGAAGAUGGAAAAAAUGGAGAAUACACUCCAGAAGAAAGUGAACAGAUAAUGGAGUUAAGCACAGACGAGAAACCACCAGAGGAUGAAUCAUUUGAAGAAAUUAAGCAAGGAGAACAUCUAAGAAUCAAAACAUCAGUAGAAGAACCACCCACGGAUCUAGAACUCAAACCACUUCCAAACAAUUUGGAAUAUGCGUUUCUUCAAGGGGAGUCUCUCUUACCUGUUGUUAUUUCCUCUUUACUUUCUAAGGAUGAGAAAACAAAACUUUUAACGGUUUUGAAAAACCAUAAGAGUGCAUUUGCUUGGCGUAUAUCUAACAUACCAGGAAUUAGCCCUUCAUUUUGUAAACAUAAAAUUAAUUUUCUUGAUGAUGUAAAACCUGUUGUUCAAAGACAAAGAAGGCUAAAUCCUAAUAUGAAAGAUGUAGUCAAAAAGGAGAUAAUUAAACUACUUGAUGCUGGAAUCAUAUUUCCUAUCUCCGAUAGCCCUUGGGUAAGCCUUAUCCAUUGUGUACCAAAGAAAGGUGGUAUGACUGUAAUCACAAAUGACCGUAAUGAACUAGUUCCCACACGAACUAUUACUGGGUGGAGAGUUUGUAUUGACUAUAGAAAGCUGAAUGAUUCCACCAGAAAAGACCAUUUUCCAUUACCUUUUAUUGACCAAAUGCUUGAAAGAUUAGCCGGAAAUGAGUACUUUUGUUUUCUUGACGGAUUUUCGUGA